AAUAAAAAUAAAAACUCUUGAUGAAGCAACACAUUUUAUUUACAGCUUCAUCACCAGAAACCUCUCUCCCUAAACAACUCUGUUGUGUUGGUGUGACGAUGAUGCCCUCGUUAAACUGUCUCCGGCUGUGCGUUAAUCCCUAAUCGUGGCGCUCAUGUGAGCUUUCAUAAGUGAAGUGGGCAUUGAGAAACGGCAGGAGGCAACCCAGGGGGCUUGUUACAGAGCGAUACGCAUAAAAUUGGCAUUGAAUCCAUUCUGCUCUAAAGAGUAAAACAUGUCAGUAAUGCGCAACCUGCAUCGAAAACACACCUCCAGUACUGUUAUUAAUAACAACCCAGAUCUGGUGGGCAAAUCUACAAUUCUCGUCUUUUUUCACCUUAAAUUCUUUAAACCACUUAAUCACAUAGACUGUCUGCCGCCAUUACAUCAAACCCUCGAGCUGAUCUUUGUCAAGGGUCGACCGUUAUGUGGGUGUCACUGCUACCUGAAAAACAGAAUAGAAAACAAUAAAAAACAGUGCGAGUAUCGAGGGCUUCCCUUAAGAAAUAGACCCAUAACAGGUGGAUGCUUUUGUAUUCAGUAGGCUUGAUUAUUGUUUUGGCGUGUUUACUACUGAACUCUAUAAAAAAAAAAAAAAUGGUGUUAGAGUUCUGACAUCAGAAUCAAUGAACAUAUCCAGACAUACCUUUUAAUACCUACCUUGACCCCAUUUUUGGAAAAUAAAACUGUACUUCAUGCUUGUUUUGAAUUAGAAAGUGUCUGCUUAUUUGUUUUUUCGGGUAAAGCUAAAUAUUUAGAAAGCCUUCAUGUCAAUGUAUCUGUACAGCAGCUGGAAUAUAAUUCAGUCCGACUUCUACCAGGUGGAGAAAGGACCGCUAUCAGAGGCGUUUGUGGACCGAGGUCACUCGUCCAAUCAGGGUUCAGCUGCUGCUGUAAACAAGCAGAUUCUACAGUGACGGUCAGGAGUCAACCGACUGCCGGUCAUGUGACACUUUGCAGCUGGACGCUCAUGUGUUUCCUCUUAUGGUAUAGAUUUAAUAUGGCACACACUCGCAAACCUGGACUGUUCGACUGUUGCGCAUGGCUGUCGCCGUGGCAACGGUAAACAGAAAACAGAGAGGUUGCAACCUGAGUGUGCGUUUGCCCUUCCGGCGCUCUGCUCUGAGCCGAACUCUGUUCCAUACCAGUGACCUGAAUUUGGUUUAGGUUGCUUCUGUUGAUCCGAGCUGACGGAAAGUCUUUGGUGGGAUUUGUUUGUGGUGUUUAAGAAUAUCUCCUAACUGCCAGGAAAAAGUGUUAAAUAUGCAAAUAUGUCCAAUUUAUGUGAGAGUUGUUUUUUUUUAGGAUUACCGCAAACAAUUUCACACGGAGCUUGAUAAGAACAUGAAAAGGAUAAAACUACAGAAACGAUGCUAAAUCUCCUCGUGCUGUAUUUUGAUAUUAAAUCUCUCCCCUUUGUUUAAGCUUUUUGAAGCCGCUUGGUUUACUCUGUUUGAUUCAUCCUUGUGUGUCCUUCGUGUGCUGUGAAGUCCAAAUCCCUUUCUUACCACCGCCGACUAAUUUUAGACCGUUCAAGUGUUCGCCAACAGCAGCUACUGUUUCUGCAGAAACCCGAAUCCAGUGCUUGCAGGAAGUAAUCUGGUCCUGCAUGUACAACUAAAGAGGCUUCAGUCUGUUGGUCCAGACGUGAAAACAUGGGAAGCAUUGUUCUCAAAAGAUAUAUGAUGAUUCUAUUAGUCUCUUUUUUAUUCUUCUGUAAAACUUCCAAGAGGUCCCAGGACGCUGUUCACAUUAGUUUCGGGUUUGGACAUUGACUAGAUCCCGUGGUUCUCAAUGCCAGGCCUCAUGUUUUAGGUGCUUCCCUUUUGCCACACACCUGGCUUGAAUAAGUGGGUGAUUAACAGGCUUCUGUACCACUUGAUGGCAUGCAGAGAAGACCAUGCAGUCAUUUUAAUCAGGUGAUCUAAAACAGAGACACGUCUAACAUACAAAGGGCUGUAGUCCCCCGAGGACUGCAACUGAGAAACACUGGAACUGAGAAACACUGGACCAGACCAUUGCAAUAUGUUGAUUCUGUUCUUGUUUAGCUAUUCUGCCAUAGUUGCUGUAUUUGGGAUCAUCGUCCAGUUGACGUCCAAGUGUGGGCAAGGUUCAUGUUUCAGACAGACAGCCUCGCAUUUGACUCUAGAAUUGUUUGGUUGUGGUUCUUGGUCAAUUCAAAGAUAGGAGAAGGUAGAAAAAAGCCCAUUCAUUACACCUCAACCAGCACUAACUAGGGUUUUCUAUAAACAUGGUUCUGUGCUUUAUGACCAAACCACUCUACUUUGAUCUCAUCUGUCCAAAGGACGUUGUACCUUGAGUCUCGCGCUUCAUUCAAGUACAGUAAGGAAAGUUAUCUUACUCAGCAAUUUCAUGCAAGUUUAGUUAAGUCUUUCUCUGAUUGUCCUGUCAUAAAUUUCAACAGUUAAAAUGCUGACAAAGUAAUGGACUCUCUAAUCCAAGAAAUGUGCUGGGAUGUCAACUCAACAGAAAAAGUAAAGAAUCUUCUUUUUAUUUUAUUCUGAUUAUAUGAUCUGUUGAGAACCAGGUGACCUGAUUUCGUGGCUUGGUACGAUUCAGAUAUAGAGCUUUGGCUUAAACCCUUUUUGACCCUCACGUGCAAAGGGAUUAGAGCUGCCAUUGUGACAAAAUAUUUUUUGUUGUUUGUCAGCUCGUAGCGAGUUAUUCUGGGAGGACAUGGCGAUGCUGGAACACAACGCUUACAGUUAUUGGCCUGGUUAAAGUCAGAGUCUGGAGGAUUAACAGCCCUAAGUUAUGUCAGGUGUAUAACACCUGUGGUGCAUGCAAACAUAAAAGAGCCUCGUUCACACUGAAGGCAGGAACAAACAUGACUCCACAGCUGAUCCAUGGGUACGGAAAUGCGCAGCAAGCUGUGAGGGUCUCUGAUAAUCCCAGAAGAAGAAACCUGGGUGUCCUCUAAUUUUCAGGUUGGGACAGUCUGUGCUGCAGCCUCCUGUCACUCAGCCAGCCUCCUCAAUGACUGACCUUCCUUUAGCGGGUGAACCUCUGAGCAAUGUUUCCACCUCCUAAAAAUACCCGUUAGCAGCAGCAACUCCCACCACUCAGGUCGCCGUGUUAGUAGCUGUUCCAGCCUGGAGGAUUCAGCCGCUGCAGACCUGAGUCUCAUUUUGACCAAAACCUCUUAGAGCCUUUCCUCAGUUUGGGUUAUAGUCCUUAAAGUGUCCUCAGUUUAACUGCUCCGCUUCAGACCUUCUUGUUCUCUUCGUAUCAGUCAGAGAAACAAAAAAAGUGAUUUUCUUGGAGGUGAUGCUGUUCUCAGUCUCUCCUGGAUUCUGACAGCAGUUCCUUCACUUCAGGACCAGCCGCUUUCUCUAUCUUGAUGCACAAACCUCUGGAGGACCCGGCAACCUCCCCGCCGCGCCGGUACCUCCACAGCAGAACCCUGCUGAUCUACUGCUGCCAUCGGCGCUACCCGCACCAUGUAAACUGGACGUGGAGCUCAUCGUUUGAGACGGCUCUGCUGCAGACGCUCUGCCGAACGUUCUCGUGAGGUUCCAGAUUUUGCUCCGGUUCUCUGUCUUCACGUCUUUACGUGAGAACUUUUUUUUUUCGUAGAAUAACGACUGAAACAUCAUCUGAAGAAUCCAGUGCAUUGAGUUCCAUUCAUAAAUAGUCAUCGACCGAUUAAAGGCGGAUUCACCCUCUCGGUUCAGGGAGAACAUUUGUUUUCCUUAUUCCGACCUUAUUCAAAAUAGUUUCAGAGAUGAGAGAGUUGCUUCCCGUCCCAGUGAGGCGGCAGCGGGAACGUCUCCCCAGUCUUCCUUCUACCCCCUCUCACUCCUUCCCCAUCACUUCCUUCUCCAUCCAGACUUCCAAGAAGUUUCCAUUUUUCCACGUGGUAAAGUGCUACAGGUACGAAGCUGAGAACGCCUUCUUCUCCAGCCUAAAGCUCAAUGACUUCAACAUCAUUGAUACUCUGGGAGUUGGAGGCUUUGGAAGAGUUGAGCUGGUGCAGCUGAAGAACGAGGAGGCGAAAACGUUCGCCAUGAAGAUCCUGAAGAAGCGUCACAUUGUGGACACGAGGCAGCAGGAGCACAUCCGUGCAGAGAAACACAUCAUGACCGAGGCACACUCAGACUUCAUUGUCAGGUUGUAUCGGACGUUUAAAGACAGUAAAUAUUUAUACAUGCUGCUGGAGGCGUGUCUGGGUGGAGAGCUGUGGACCAUACUGAGAGACAGGGGUUCGUUUGACGACUCCACCACUAGGUUCUACACUGGCUGCGUGGUUGAAGCAUUCGCUUACUUGCAUGCCAAAGGCAUCAUCUACAGAGACCUGAAACCCGAGAACCUGAUCCUGGACAGCCGAGGAUAUGCUAAGCUGGUGGAUUUUGGUUUUGCAAAGAAGAUUGGAUUCUGUAAGAAAACAUGGACGUUCUGCGGGACACCAGAAUACGUUGCUCCAGAGAUCAUUUUGAACAAGGGUCACGACGUAUCGGCCGACUACUGGUCUCUGGGGAUCCUGAUGUAUGAGCUGCUGACAGGCAGUCCUCCGUUCUCAGGUCCAGAUCCCAUGAAAACGUACAACAUCAUACUGAGAGGCAUUGACAUGAUCGAGUUCCCCAAGAAGGUCACCAAGAAUGCCGCCAACCUCAUCAAGAAGCUCUGCAGGGAUAGUCCAUCGGAGAGACUAGGAAAUCUGAAAAAUGGAGUGAAGGACAUCCAGAAGCACAAGUGGUUCGAGGGAUUCAACUGGGAAGGACUGAAGAAAGGAACACUAACUCCACCCAUCACACCCAAGGUGUCCUCUCCAAUCGACACCAGUAACUUUGACAGUUUUCCAGAAGACACGGACGAGCCGCCGCCCGACGAUAACUCAGGAUGGGACUAUGAUUUCUAAACUGAGUCUGCAUCUUUGAGACGGUGUUAAAAUUGGAGACCCGCCAGGAUGAAGAAGCCAACUGUGGCGGGUUUGUUCUCAAUCUGAACUUGGGUCCAAGUGUGAAUGGAAGCGCAUGGAGAAAGGUUCUCUGGAAGAUCGAAGCGAUGCAGCAGAUCAGCUCUGUUCAUUCAAGAAGAGUUGAGCAAUGAAGCAGCUCAGCGUCCAGAGCUGGGGGUUUACCCCCUGUGGCUUUACUUUCUUGACUCGCUUCUGGUUCUGGGAAGUCACGGGAGGCGUGAUGAACAGUUGAGACAAACAGAUGGCUGCUGAAAUUUUCUAAGAAUCUGAGUUGUCUUUUAGGCUGCAGAGGAACUCUGAGGCAGUUCUUUCAUCACAUGGACCACAGAGGACUUCCAUGAACCCACUUUGUUACUGCAAAUUCACUGAACCGGCUGCAAAUGUAGUGAUUCUUGAGAGUUUGUGUCAAAAAGUGCUGGUUCUUAGCAUCUCUUUCAGCUUUUAAAAAUCCCACCAGAAAGCUGACAGAACUUGAAUCACCAUCUGCUUCCUCUGAAAUGUGUAAGAUGUUAUUCACAAUACAUCUUCUCACCUGGAGAUCUUUUAUUUAUUUAUUUUUUUUAUCAACAAGGUUGGGGUUGUAAACAAGGUUUAGCUUGCUUUUCCUGGGAGGUAUAAUUAUUUUUAAUUGAGCAGCUCUAACAAAAUACGCAAAUAAAUAUUUUAAAUAUUUACUCUUUUAAAUACUAACAAAUUUUAUUAUUUAAUAUUAUUAUGUGUUUAAAUUACAUUACUUCAAAUAUAAUUGAUUUAUUAAAUUCAAUAAAUUGAAAAUAAAAAAAGAUUCAGAACAUUUAAUUUCUUACUCCCUGGAAAUAGAGCAAAUAAUUAGCAUUACUCAAUCCAAGUAGAAUAGAAGUCAGACAGUAGAGGGAAAAAAAUGUAUACUUUAUUGAUGAGUUAAGUUUUUUUUUUAUGUAAGGCAUAAACUGACUGGAUGAGAUCUGAUUUUGUCAGUUACAAGAGAGUGAAAAUGGUAAAAAAWAUUAUAAUAAUGAAAUGAUUAUGUGAAACUGUUGACCUUACAAAAAUGCCUUUCUUCGUCAUUGAAAGGUAAAUGAACUGAGAUCAGAAUGGCUUCCCAGGCCUCUGAUAGUUAAACUUAGUGCAUCACAACGUUAUUUUGGUAGAAUUCUGAAAACUUGCUUUGUUAUUAACCUGCCAAAGUCCAACACUGCCCAAAGCCUCAGAGCCCAUUUGUGCAUUAAUAAAUCAGAGCUGAAGAGUGAGUCCACAUUCAGCUCUCUAACUGAGGGCCGGCUUAUAUACRACGCCUCCAGUGGCAGGAAUAACUUCCUUACAGCCACCUUAAUGCCUUCAGUCACGACUUCCUUUCUAAAAACUAAAGAAACUUUGAGGAUGCAGUACAAGUUUCUGCUUUGAAACUUCUCUGUUUGCAGGUUUUGACACAAUUAAUCUUUGAGUUGCAGCAUGAAACUGAUAUUUGGUGUCAUUCUUGAGUAUUCCAACAUAUACAGGCACUUCCAUGUCUCUGUUCCUCUUCAGGUGGUUGUUUGGGAGGUAUGCAUGGUCAGUACACGUGUAAAGUAGUUUGAAGCAAUCUCUUCUGAUAAUGCUUGCUCCAGUGGCAGUGUCAAUAAUUUAAAUAUUGCUCGUUCUGAAAUCUACAGAAUUUGACAAACACUCAGUUCCAGGCAAUUCCUGAAUGAAGGUCUAAUAUCACACAAAGAUCGUGAACGAAUGUCAACAAUGUCCAUGCUGAGCUGGAAACUUUCCACUUGACAGGUGUAAUUACAAAAACAGUCAGAGAUGAUGUUUCUAUUAAAGAAAAGAAAACCAUAGGUUGGUUCUCAAGCAUUUCGGAUGCAUUGUAGUACCAUCUGGUGGGUAAAUGUUGCUAUUGUAGUUCUCUAAAGGUGCUGAGAAAACUUUAAAUUCACAGUUUUUUGCCCGUUGUGCCUAAAUGUGAUGUGUGGAUUAUGUGACAGCAACCAGCCCUCUCACUUUCAAACGAAAUGAACUAAACUCUUGGAAUCCUUCUUCCAUUCUGUAGACACUUCAAUCUACUCAGUAGGCUGUAGUUUUCACUUUGUGCCACUAGAUGUCUAUGUUUACAAAACUCUGUACCUUUAACUCGUAUUGCUUCCUUACACAACUCAAGAUUUCUGCUGCAGACUGAAAUUAACUCUGAAACUGAUGAUGACAAAUAUUGAUGAUAAGGUUUGCUCUCUCUCUCUCUGAUCAAUCAACUCCUGAUUCAUCCACUAAAUACAGGUUUUUUUUAAAGAAAAGUCAAACGCAAUCCCACCUCAAAUCAGACGAGGAUUAAAUGUCAACUUUCUUCAUUAAGCCUAAGAUCACGGUUGAAAAAGUCGUGGCCGCAGCAAAAUAAGCGAUGACGUGCAAGGAGCUUUGCAUGCUAACAAAGUUUAUGUGAAAUAGUUUCAACAAUUGUGCAAUUUUGAUGUUCCAUUCCUCAAACGAGGAUAUCUGAUCUCUGUAUUUUGUGCCGUUUUUAAAAGAGUGAACACCUGUAUGUAUUUUGUAUAAUGCUUUUGUAUCAUCAGUCAGACUUUACUGCAAUAUUUUUGUAAAACAAUCCGUGUGGUGUGACGUCUCUGCAUGACGCCAGUGGUAACGGUGUGCGGUUUGCGCCGGCAGAGGGCAUGGUAGAGCUCAAUCAGUAACAAUCAAAAUGAUAUGACUUUUAUUUUGUUCAGAAAAGUCAAAUAUAAAGACGGCUCCUUUUAUGUGUUUUCAGUCAGCCAGUGCUUUAGAGGCACUGACAUGAUAAAACCUCUCUGUUUCUCAAUGUCAGUGAGGUCAUGUUGGAACAUUAAAGUUUAGUUUUGGACCACAAGGAAAAAAAAAUGUAUACUUAAGUGAUGCUAUUUUGUGUUUAUUKGUGAUUUAUUUGUAUAUUAAGAAAUAUGUUACUAUAGUUUCUAUAUAUUUAAUAUUUAUGUUACAAUUGUAGCUGAAGAAACUUUCUGCUUUCACGUCCAGAUAACCUUUCUGAGUCUGACUGUUAGAAAUCUGAAUGCCAAGCUCUAUGGAUGUGUUUGAAAAAUAAAAGGUUCCAGAAUAAACUGAAGCAAAGUCAAAUCAUA